AUGAGCCUCAACAUCCGAAAACAAUGGUCAUUCAGCGGUCUAGAUUAUACGGUGAAAGAUCAAGAUGGGAAAGUACUCUUGCGAAGCCAUGGUCAUCGAGAAUACCGUACUGAUUUAAUCCGAAUUACUGAUCAGUCCAGCCGAGAGAUAUUCACAUGCAUUCGUAAUCAUCCACAAAAUCAUUUUAAUGUCUUCUUGCCGAAUGCAGAUACGAACUCUCAACAGGAGAAGAUAUGCUCGAUUUCUCUCAUGUUCACCUACAGAGGACCAGGGGAAGAAUGUGGACAGGGGUCUAGAACGCACUUCAAAGACCACCUCACGGGGAUAAACAAUGAGAUUGUGGUAGAUUGGAUGGACCUUAUGAGGCAUAGGGGUCUGAUAAGCUUGAGAGAUGAUACUGGACAUGAUAGGACCAACCAAGAGAAAUUUGGUAAAGGUGUAGUUAUAGGUUCAUUGAAUGAUUAUGAUACGGUAUUUGACUAUACUCAUCCUCAGGUAGAGUUCAUUCCGAAUAUCGAUUAUACCCUCCUAGCUAUCACUGCAAUCUGUACUGAAUCAUUUACUGGUUAA